UCUCUCGACGCUUGCGCGCUGCUGCUGCCUCUCUUUCUGAACUUUAUUGAGGGAGAGCUGGGAGAGAGAGGAGAGACACACUUUUUGUGCUAGUGCAAUGCAGUAGUCUCGAAACGUGAACGAAUCGGGCAACAAACAUGAAAGUGCUGCAGAAGAACAAGAAAGGCGCCAAAGCCGCGCCGAUGCUCAAGCUCAAGGUGAAGAAGAAGCGAACACGUGUGCGGGCCAAGAAACAGAUGAACUCGAUGGCAAGGCUGCCGGAGACCGCAGCUGUGAAAAGUAAUGCCCCCAAGAAAACUAAGGACGAUAAAUCGUUGUUGGUCGCUCAGGAGGUCAAGUUCGCCAGGUUAUUGGCGCAUAAUGACAAAAAAGUCAGGGAUAAGGUGCUUAAAAAUCUCAAGCGCUGGCUGACUGUGCGAUCACGGAGCUCCUUUGCUUUCACUGAGGAAGACUUUCUGAGGCUAUGGAAGGGUCUGUUCUACUGCAUGUGGAUGUCGGACAAGCCUCUGGUGCAGGAAGACCUUGCGGAGUCUUUGAGCAACCUGGUGCACUGUUUUGAGUCUAUAGACACUGCGCUACUUUACACAAAAUGUACCUUGAAAAGCCUUGCUACGGAGUGGCUUGGAUUAGACAACUAUAGAGUGGAUAAAUUUGAAAUGCUUGUUAGAAGGAUCUUGCGCCAGACUUUUGUUGUCUGUAAGAAACUGUCUUGGAAAAAAAAGUGUGUUGUUGGUGUUGGUAAAGUUCUUGAAGAAAUUUUAAUGGAUGCUAAAAAUUGCUUGGGCCUCAAGUUACACAUAACUAAUGUUUAUAUGGAAGAGUUGGCUAAAGUUGGCGAAGAAAAAAUACCAGAAAGUAUGGUCACAGAAUUCGUCAGGCCAUAUGUUAUAUACUUAGCUAGUAUUGAUGAUAUGAGGCAAAUAAGCCAUAUUGUAAAAAGUAUAUUUAGGUAUUUAAUUUUCCAGUCUGAAGUUGGUUCAGAGUACCUGGAAAAGUACGAUGCUUGGAGAAGGUCCAACUUCCCUUGUGACAGUAUUGAUCAAAUGCAAAAGGUUGAAAUUUCGGACGACGAAGACGAAGCUGAAGCUUUAAAUGAUGACGAAGAUGAAGUAAGGGAUUCAAAAUGUGUGGAAAAACCGUUAGAUCCAAGGGCAGGAAUGGUUGAUGUAGACCUUCCGCCAAUACUUUUUGACGCAUCCCAAAUAGCUCAAAUUUUGAAAGAAAACAAAUUUCAUCAAGCAUCCACCGCCAAAAAUCGCAAGUGGAUAACUAAAUUGAUUAAUGAUUUUACCAAGCUCAGUCAAGGUGAAAUGCCAAUCGGGAUGAAAAAAGUUCCCGAUCGAGAUGAGUACAGUGUAAACACGUUUGUAGCUACUAAAGAACUUUUAAAUUUCAAUAAGGAGUUAUAUUCUGAUUCUGGUAAAAGUCACAAAAGGAAAAAAAAUAACGGUAGCCUAGAAUUAGAGGAAUUGACUCCACCGGACACAUAUGAUGAAUCCAACAAUACUAAAAAUGUAAAUGUGUCGAAUUUUCCAAAGAAAAAAAAGUUGAAACAUUCUAAGAACCUAGAUAAUACAGGUUUAACAAACAAAAGACAGUCGGAAAAUUCCAAUGUCAUUUGUUUGAAGGAAGGUAAAAAAGUGUCAAAAAAUGCAUCUGACAUUAAUGAAGAAGGAAUAAAGAAUUUUCAAACCGCUAGUGAAGGUUUUAUUAAAAUUGAUAAAAAAUUGAAUAAUUGGAAUGUAGAAACUUUGGCUCCAGAAAGUGCUCUAACAUCAAUGCCAAAUACAUCAGAAAAAAAGAAAAAACUCAAAAAAAAGAAAAUCCCCACAGGAAAUAGAAAAAAACUAGAUCCAUUUCCAAGUAAUAUGCCAUGGUUGACCCCAGUUCUGACUAGACUGGAACAUGAAAGUAAAACACCAUCGCCGAAAAAGUCUGCACUGCAAACACCCAAAACAGAUUCGGCAAAAAAACGUGUUAAAAUUGCCCUGCAGAAGAAUAUGGCGCAAAAUACGUCAGAAUACUUCCGCAAGAUAUUGCAGAAUCCGGAAAUUCCGUUUGACGCCAACAGAAAACCAAAAGCAAGCGUAUUAAAGCCAAGCCCACUACCAAGUCCGGUUAAUCCAUUUUAUAAGAAGAAAUUAUUAUAAAAGCACAAAUAACACAGUUUUGUUUUAAUCUAAUCUUUAUUGUUCAUUAAAGAUUUUAAUUGUGACAUAUUACAAUCCAAUAAUCGUUAUCUGUUUAUAGAUGAGAUGUAUGAUCACCUAUUCUCUAACGUUUUUGGUUUUUAAAUACUCUAAUAGUAUAAAAUAAAAAUUUAUGUAAAGAUUUUACGAAACAAAUACCUGUUUUGUGUUGGAUAAAUUUUAUAAAUUUCAUUAGAGAAGCUACGAACGAUUUUACGAAUGUUAUUUUGUACAUAAUCGAGGAUUUCUUCAGUCCCUUGUAAAGUCGAUUGCAAUAAUUUCGCUUAUAAAUAAAUUUUCAUAAACCUUCUGAAAA